GUGAAAACUGCAUAAAAAGGGUUGAAUAAAGUCUCACACUUGCAACAACAUCUCGAGAGGUUUCUUCUCUCUUCUGCCGAGCGUUUGUUGUUCAAAGGUGUUCAAAGCAACCAGGGAAGAUGCAAGGAGGUGGUGGAGAUCCUUUCGACUUUGGUCGUCGUCUUGGUAACUUUGGAGGCUCGUUUGGUGGUUCUUUUGGUGAAUAUGGUGUCCCGAGCAAUGGUCCCCCGAGUCCGAUGUCUAGUUUUGGAGGAGACUCUAUUGGCCCUAACAAUGGACCUCCGAGUCAGAUGCCUGAUGUUUUCGGAGGAGACUCUAUUGAUGGUUUUGGUAGAUCUAAUGGUGGUCCUCCGAAUCAGAUGUAUAAUGUUUUAGGAGGAGACUCUGCUGAUGGUUUUGGUAGAUCUAAUGGUGGUCCUCCAAGUCAGAUGUCUAAUGUUCUAGGAGGAGACUCUGCUAAUGAUUUUGGUGGAUCUAAUGGUGAUCUUCCGAGUCUGCCUAAUUUUUUCGGAGGAAGAGAUCCAUUUGAUGACCCUUUCUUCACCCAGCCUUUUGGUGGUACCAUGUUUCAGCCCAGCUUGUUUGGUCCUCCUACCAGGGACCCUCUUGCAGAAAUUUAUCCUGAUCCAUUAGGGUUUAUCGAGAAUCAUCAUCACCAGCCACCACAACCGACACUAUCAGAUGGACCGACUAUUGAAGAGAUCAUUGUUUUAGAUGAUGAGGAAGAAGGAGAAGUAUAUCAAGAGACGAGAGUAAUCCUAGGGAAACAUGGCAGGUCAAACAGUGGGGUGGAAGUUGAGGAGGCUAUAGCUGAAGAGAGAAGGAUCACGCAUAUGCAAAACAUGAAUGCAAAUGCUAUGGUAGACAAUGAACAAUGGCAGCAACAAACUCAAGAGAGAAGGAUCACAAAUAUGCAAAACAUGAAUGAAAAUGCUGUGGUGAACAAUGAACAAUGGCCACAACAAACUCAAGAGAGAAGGGUCACAAAUAUGCAAAACAUGAACGAAAAUGCUGUGGUGAACAAUGAACAAUGGCCACAACAAACUCAAGAGAGAAGUAUCAGACACAUGCAAACCAUGAAUGAAAAUGCUGUGGUGAACAACGAACAACGGCAACCACAAACUCAAGAGAGAAGGAUCAGACACAUGCAAACCAUGAAUGAAAAUGCUAUGGUGAACAAUGAACAAUGGCAGCAACAAACUCAAGAGAGAAGGAGCACACACAUGCAAAACAUGAAUGCAAAUGCUAUGGUGAACAAUGAACAAUGGCAGCAACAAACUCAAGAGAGAAGGAUCACACACAUGCAAAACAUGAAUGAAAAUGGUAUGGUGAACAAUGAGCAAUGGCAGCAACAAACUCAGGAGAGAAGGAUCACUCACAUGCAAAACAUGAAUGCAAAUGCUAUGGUGAACAAUGAACAACGGCAGCAACAAACUCAAGAGAGAAGGAGGACACACAUGCAAAACAUGAAUGAAAAUGCUAUGGUGGAGAAUGAACAAUGGCAGCCACAAACUCGAGAGAGAAGGAUCACACAUAUGCAAAACAUGAAUGAAAAUGCUAUGGUGAACAGUGGACAAUGGCAGCCCCAGCCUCAAGGUUACAGUUUCCAGAGCUCGUCUGUUACUUACGGUGGUCUCGACGGAAACUACUACACUUCGUCCACGACCAGAAGGACAGGAAGUGAUGGGUUAACUCUUGAAGAAAGCAAAGAAGCUAAUACUGCAACACUCGAAGCAGCGCACAGGGUUUCAAGAGGUUUCCAUAACAGGGGCCACACGGUUGAGCGUACACGCAACUCGGAUGGUCGUGUUGCUACAAACCAGAUCUUGCACAAUCUUAACGAAGAUGAAUUGGCUGGUUUUGAACAGUCUUGGAGUAGAAAUUCUAGAAUGCAAAUGCAAUUUCCCGGUCAGUCUGGUUCCUUUGGCAGUGGCUUUGUUAACAGAGAGCAACAAAUGUUGCUUCCUCCGCCUGAUCCAAGCUCUUCUCGUGCAAGAGGAGAGCCGCCUCACAGAAGAAGGAAUGCAACGGAUUCAAGCAGACUGGGUUUCUAAAGGCUUUAAGUGAAUGUAACCAAAAGACUAUUAUAUAUAUACUUUACUUAUGUUGUUGCAUUGUUACCGUAACAUGUAUUAUGAGGACAUGAUUUGAAUGGUUUAUAAUAAUGGUA